AUGGUGGUGAGGAUUCGGCUCUCGCGGUUCGGAUGCAAGAACAAGCCCUUCUAUCGAGUCAUGGCCGCUGAUAGCAGAUCUCCCAGAGAUGGCAAACACCUCGAAGUUCUCGGUUACUACAAUCCCUUACCAGGUCAAGAUGGUGGCAAGAGGAUAGGUCUCAAUUUCGAAAGGGUGAAGUAUUGGCUUUCUGUUGGAGCUCAGCCUUCAGAGCCUGUGGAGCGGCUUCUAUUCAGAGCUGGGGUACUGCCCCCACCGCCUAUGGUGGCAAUGGGGCGGAAAGGUGGACUGCGUGACACUCGCCCUGUUGAUGCUCUUACUGGACGCGUGCUAAGGCAAGAGAAUCCGGCUAAUGAUAAGAACAAUGACCAUGGACAUGAGACUCCUGAAAAUCCUUGUUAG